AUUUCUCCAUGUUUUUAACUCCCCCAUUUCCCAACUUCUCUCUUCCUCCUUAAUCAUUAUUUUUCCUUCAUAUUCCCUGACCAUCUAUCCGCUACCACCACAAUGUCCACCUACAAACAAAUCAUCUACACCACCACGCCAGACCCGGCCAUCAACCCCUCCCUCACCAACGGCACCUUCAGCAUCAAAACCGUCCCCAAACCCACCAAUGUCCCGGCCGACCAACUCCUCGUGCGCACGCACUACCUCUCCCUCGACCCCGCCAUGCGCCAAUGGCUAACCGCCAAACGCUCCUACAUCGCCCCCGUCGAGCUGGGCGCCGUCAUGCGCGGCCAGGGCAUCGCCCAAAUCAUCACCGUCGGCGCCGACCUCACCUCCAAAUUCACACCCGGUGACUGGGUCGUCGCCUACUCGGGCUGGCAAGAGUACGCCGUGCUGGGCGCCAAGGAAGUCGAAAAGGUCGUCCUGCCACCCGGCGGUCGUCCCACGGACGCCAUGUCCGUGCUCGGCAUGACCGGGUUAACGGCGUACUUUGGUAUGACGGAGGUGGGAUUCCCAAAGGCAGGCGAGACGGUGGUUGUUUCUGGUGCGGCGGGAGCGACGGGCAUGGUUGCGGGACAGAUUGCGAAGAUCAAGGGGGCGAAGAGGGUUGUGGGUUUGGCGGGGAGUAAGGAUAAGUGUGAAUUUUUGGUGAAGGAGUUGGGUUUCGAUGUGGCGAUUAAUUACAAGGAUGCCGAUUGGAAGAAGCAGUUGAAGGAGGCUACGCCGGAGUAUAUUGAUGUGUUCUUUGAUAAUACUGGUGGUGAGAUUUUGGAUGCUUGUUUGGCGAGGGCGGCGAGGGAUUCGCGCUUUGUUAUUUGUGGUGCCAUCAGUCAGUACAACUCUGCGAAGCCGCAGGGUCCGACUAGCUUUAUGACUGUUAUUUCGCAACGAGUCACUAUGAAGGGCUUCAUUGUCUUCGACUAUGCGAAGAAGUACGGGACUGCGCUGCAGGAGCUGGCUUCCUGGUUGUCGCAGGGUAAGCUCAAGCGCAAGGAGCAUAUCGUGCCGGGUGGUAUUGAGGGUGCGCCCCAGGCUCUGGUCGAUUUGUACAAGGGUGUCAAUACCGGCAAGAUGAUGGUGGAGGUUGCCCCUGUGAGCGAGGCCAUCAAGGCCAAGCUGUAGAGCCGGCAUCGAG